UUUCUCGGGGAGCAGCUGCUGCCGCCGCCGCCGCCGCUGCCGCCGCCGCAGCCGCUACCACCGCCACCGAAGCCGCAGCUGAAGCGACCUCCGCGUUCGGGAGUAGAAUUCGGAAUCCCUGCGCCUGGCUAACAAUGAAGCAGAGUUCCAACGUGCCGGCUUUUCUCAGCAAGCUGUGGACGCUGGUGGAGGAAACCCACACCAAUGAGUUCAUCACCUGGAGCCAGAAUGGGCAAAGUUUUCUGGUCUUGGAUGAGCAGAGAUUUGCAAAAGAAAUUCUUCCCAAGUACUUCAAACAUAAUAACAUGGCCAGCUUUGUGAGACAACUAAAUAUGUAUGGCUUCCGUAAAGUACUACAUAUCGAUUCUGGAAUUAUAAAACAGGAAAGAGAUGGCCCUGUUGAAUUUCAGCAUCCUUACUUCAAACAAGGCCAAGACGACUUGCUGGAGAACAUUAAAAGGAAGGUUUCAUCUUCAAAACCAGAGGAAAAUAAAAUUCGUCAGGAAGAUUUAACAAAAAUUAUAAGUAGUGCUCAGAAGGUUCAGAUAAAGCAAGAAACUAUUGAGUCCAGGCUUUCAGAAUUAAAAAGUGAGAAUGAGUCCCUUUGGAAGGAGGUGUCAGAAUUAAGAGCAAAGCACGCACAGCAGCAGCAAGUCAUUAGGAAGAUUGUCCAGUUUAUUGUUACAUUGGUUCAGAAUAAUCAACUUGUGAGUUUAAAACGUAAAAGGCCUCUUCUUCUAAACACUAAUGGAGCUCAGAAGAAGAAUCUAUUUCAGCACAUAGUCAAAGAACCAACUGAUAGUCACCAUCAUAAAGUCCCACAUAGUAGGACUGAAGGUUUAAAGUCAAGAGAGCGGAUUUCAGAUGACAUAAUUAUUUAUGAUGUUACUGAUGAUAAUGCGGAUGAAGAAAAUAUUCCAGUUAUUCCAGAAACUAAUGAGGAUGUUGUAUCGGAUCCCAACUGUAGCCAGUAUCCUGACAUUGUAAUUGUUGAGGAUGACAAUGAAGAUGAGUACGCUCCAGUCAUUCAGAGUACAGAUCAGAAUGAGCUAGCCAGAGAGUCAUUAAGUUUGGGAAGUGCUGGCAGCAGCCCCCUCAUGUCUAGUGCAGUCCAGAUAAAUGGCUCAUCCGCUCUAACCUCAGAGGAUCCUGUGACCAUGAUGGAUUCCAUUUUGAAUGAUAACAUUAACCUCUUGGGAAAGGUUGAGCUGUUGGAUUAUCUUGACAGCAUUGAUUGUAGUUUAGAGGACUUCCAAGCCAUGCUCUCAGGAAGACAAUUUAGCAUAGACCCAGAUCUCCUGGUUGAUCUUUUCACUAGUUCUGUGCAGAUGAAUCCCACAGAUUACAUCAAUAAUACAAAAUCUGAGAAUAAGGUAUUAGAAACUACCAAGAGCACUGUCAUUCAACAAGUUUCAGAAGACGGAAGAAAAUCCAAGUCCAAACCAGAUAAACAACUUAUCCAGUAUACUGCAUUUCCACUUCUUGCAUUCCUCGAUGGGAACUCUGCUUCUGCUAUUGAACAGGGGACUACAACAGUGACAUCAGAAGUUAUACCCUCUGUAGAUAAACCCAUAGAAGUUGAUGAGCUUCUGGACAGCAACCUGGACCAAGAGCCAACCCAGAGUAAGCUUGUUCGCCUGGAACCAUUGACUGAAGCCGAAGCUAGUGAAGCCACACUGUUUUAUUUAUGUGAACUUGCUCCUGCUCCUCUGGAUAGUGAUAUGCCACUUUUAGAUAGUUAAACCCCCAAAUGGACACUCUAUGUAUAUAUUCAUCAAAAUGAUGAAGUAUUUAUUUUAAAGUAUCAUUUGGUACUUUGUUUUGUAAAUUACUUUUUGUUUAAUCAGAUACUGUGGAAUAAAAGCGCUUUUGCUUUUCUCACUAACCACACUCUUGCAAAGCUUUCAGAUGUUACUUGGCUGCUUAGGUGUAUAAAUUUUACUGCACAUUAUUGGAAUAUAUUAAGUUGAAUUCAAAUGGCCAUUUUUCUCCAAUUGUAGUAAUUUGGAUUUUUAUAUUCAAAUAUGACCAUUUAAUCCCAGUUAAACUUGUUUAUUUCCAAUUGAGUUAAAGUGUUUAGAACUAACGGUAGAAAACUCUGGUCUAGUUACUUUUGUUAAGUAUUUUUAACUUGGCUUAUUUUUAAAACUGGGAACAUAAAGUGCCUGUAUAUUGUAAUGUUUCGUGUCUUUUUUGGUUCAGAGAAGUUCUUUUAUGUUCAGAGAAAUGCCUCAACAAAAUGGCCAAGUAUACACGAGUAAUCACUUAGAAGUGAUCGCGGAGACAGGUUGCAUUAACCCUGCCCACUUAGACUAGUUUAAGUAUGUUUUCUGGUUGGUUCUUUUAAACCAUGGUAUUUAGUAAAAUAAAUAUGACUAAUGUUGAGUACUAGUAUUUGUUGUGUCGUCUUUGGAGGUGAUGUCCACAUAAAAUGAUUUUUCCUUCUCAUGGGAAGGAGGUGGCUUUAAACUAUGUGUUGUCCAUCUUUAUCUCAGUGUGACUCAAAUCAAGAUCUUUGUGCUUUAUCUGAAAACAUAGAUUGUCUGUUGCAGUAAUGAGGGAAUAUGAUGCUUCUAAUCGUCAUGUAUUUUAGUGUUCUUUGUUUUAAAAGUAUACUGGCUUGCUUUUUAUGUUUCUAAUAAAGAACGGAGAGAAAAAAAAUCCUCUCAUUGUUGCAAAUAAGAUGGGAACAUUAUCAGUGGAUGCCACCAAAUGCCUGUAUCAUUUGCCCUGAUACAAGAGAGUCAAAUCAACUUGUCCUUUUCAAGAACUGAAAGACUAGGGUACUUUAAAAGUUCAAGAAGUCUACACUCAGGCAGAGGGCUAGAAGUAGUGCAGUUAACACCUAAAUUUUACAUACUUAUGUAGUAAGGCACUUCAAGAAGACUUCUCUAUUGGCCAUAUUGUACCUCAGUAUCAGAAAUUUUCUUCCAUGUGCUAAAUUAGAGAUCUAAUAAAUUAACAGGAGAAAUCAAGUCUAGCAUUUUCCUGCUCUUUUCUGACAUCCCUCGUUCAGUCCUCCAGUCUCUAUUCGUUCACUGGCUUCAUGCAGAGAAGUACGGCUUCUAAAAAUACUCAUUCACAAAAGGAACAGACUUGGCUUUCCAGAUCAGAUAAUAGAGCUACCCAGCCCUCCUGCAUACCCACUUUACACUAAUCAAUCAUCUUUGAUUAUUUUCUGAGCUUUGGAAGUUGGUUUGUUAAGUUUUUAGUGUUCAGUGAUAGAUUAGUCCAAUUUUGUGAGCUGUUAAACAUUAAAAGGUAACACAAAUAUCUUUUAUUAGGAUAAACAGGAUUCAAGGUUUGUAAAGACUGUUGGGCAUCAGUUUUGAUUUUUUUAUUGAUAUAACAAAUGUCAUGCAUGAAUAUAAAGGAGAAUUUGUUAAAAUAAAUGUUAAUUCUUUUAACCUUCAUAAUUAUAUAUCUGAAUUUGGCUAGUCAUCAGGUGUUGACAGAGGUUUCUGUCCUGCAGGGUCCUUUCAUCAGUGAAGCAUUCUCAUCUUGUGUCCUCUAUGUCUGGGUGAUGACUGCAGACUGAGCCUUUCUCCUUACCAGAAUUCUAUAUGGUUGCCCUGCCUUAUAUCUCCUGCCUGGCUACUGGUCAAUCAGCAUUUUAUUAAACCAAUACAAGAGCAUUGUCCCACAGCAAUCAGGCCAUGUUUAAUUUUUCUGAAAGAAAAAUAUCAGAUUAGACAAAUGUUAAAAGUAACAGGCAAUCUAGAAAUGAAACUGAUCCUAGGUGCCACCUACAAAAGAUUAGGCCUGAUCUGUUUAGCGGAAUUCAGGUCUUUUCUCCUGUAUAAAUGUUGUACAUUACUGAAUAGCACAGCAAAUAUGUAAAAGGAAGGAGGUACAGGUUGGACAGUGUCCUUUCCAAGUGACUCAGUUGGUCUGAACCCCUUUGUCAGAUCAGCUGGUUUUUGCUUCUUCCAGGCAGCUAGGGCUGUCUGGAUCUUGGCAGCUUAGCUCUUUUCUGCUUUUCAAAUUGCUUAUUAUGGCAGGAAGGGGCCUUGUGAUUUUGAUUUCAAGAACUGAAGCAGUUCUAAGUUUUUCUUCCUGCUUAAGAGCUUCUUACUAUAGGAUGCAUUGUUUUAAUCUGAAAAGAAACUUAGAUAAUAGGGGAACUGUUUGUUUUGACUCGGGCUGUCUCCAGCAAAUAGUCUUUGGUCUAGACAUGACAUCUUACAUAUAUACUUAGGGGGAAAAUUGGGCCACAAAGAAAAAUAGGGAGUAUGGUAGGUACACCAAUGGGUUCCAAAGCAUAAGACUGAUUAUAUUGUUUUUAUUGAAAGUUACCUUAAACAGAAUGGGUAUACAGCUAUAAAUGCUCUCAACAUCUAUUAUUAACUUUGCUAUAGGUUAGAGUUUGGUUUGCAAAGGCAAACUACAAGUAUUUUAAAAAGCAAUUUCCAAAGUUUUUGUUUUAUACUCACCCAGAUUUUGAGUUAUUACUUCCUUACUACUUGUACCACUUGUACCCCAUGUUUUGUCAGUCACACACUAGUGUGGGCUAUUACAAACUGCUUUAGUGACCAGAGAGACCAGAAUUCAGUUCCCAGCACCAGUCAAGUAGUUCACAACCACUUGUAACUGGAUCCAAAGAAUCCAGUGCCCUCCUCUAGCCUCAAGUCUGUCUGUCUCUGUUGUCCGAGGUUUCUGUCCUGCCCGGUCCUCGUUCUGCCUGGUUCCCACAGUCGUUAAGUCCCAAAGAAAUCGCAGAUGUCUACAUUAACUAUAAACUGAUUGGCCCAUUAGCUCAGGCUUCUUAUUAACUCUUAUACUAUAUAUUAGCCCAUUAUUCUUGUCUAUGUUAGCCACAUGGCUCAGUACCUUAUACAGUGAGGCAGUCACAUCUUGCUUCUGUGGCUGGGCAAAGACUGCAGAGGAAUGAGCUUCCUCCUUCCCAGAAUUCUCCUGUUCUCAUUGACCCGCCUAUACUUCCUGCUUGGCUACUGGCCAAUCAGCGUUUAUUUAGAAUAUGAUUGACAGAAUAUUGACCAUUCUCCCAUACCAUGUCUGUCUCUCCCCACACACAAUUACCUGCCCAAAUACUGUAAAAACUCAGUGAAGAAUUCUGAAACAAAAUACACCAAAGUUUGGCAACUCCUGUAAUUGUCAAAUGUUCCCAUGUUGAUGGCAUAGUUCCCAGAAUACUAAGGAGUGGUGGGCCUUGUGGGCAUGAUACCUUGUCAAAGUCUUAAGUUCUUAGCUAUAUUCCUUUAUAGUGAUAGAAAAUUAAUGUAAUUCAUGGACAGAGGUAUUUUAUCAGUACAGUUAUGUACUAGUUAGAGUUUAUUUCAACUACAAAGAGGCUAGAAUCAUUUGGGAAUGGGAAACCUCAAUUGAGAAAAUGCCCAGCUAUACUGGCCAGUUAGGCAAGCCUGCUGGUCAUUUUCUUAAACCGUCAUUGAUGUAGGAGGGCCCAGCCCAUCCUGGAAUGGUAUAAAAGCAGGUCGACCAAAUCAAAGGGAGCAAGCAGCACUCACUUACUCCUCAUAGCCUCUGCAUAGGUUCUUCCCCAAGCUGUUUAUGGUCAAGGUUUUAUCACAGCAAAUGAAAGAAACCGUGAGACCAGUUAUAUUCACCACACUGACCACAACUUUUAAAAACAUGGCUGGUGGAGGACAUAAGAGGUACGCAUUUUCAGUUUUGAGAACUAAAAUCCAUUCUCCAGACUGACCUGGCUCACCUACUGAAGGUUCUUUAAGGGUAAGAACACCACUUUUACUUUUGAGACCCAACUUCAGGAUUCAUUUACAGACAAAAGAAGUAAAGUUACUUUCAAAAUAAUUCAUUUAUCAGAGCAGAAAGUGGGCAUUUUCUCUAGAGCCAAGUACUUUUCAAAAAGGAAAAAAGAAAUCUUGAGUUCAAGCCACCUAAAGUACCACUACAUAUUUUCUCUGAAUUCAUUUAUUUAAGAGGCAGAACACAGCAGUUCAAAAUUGUGAAACACAGUAUU